AUGUCUUUUUUCAGUUGGUAUAAAAAUCACUUAACGAGACGACCGAUUUUGAUUCAAUCUAUUACCACGGGAACGUUAUUUGCUACGGGAGAUGUUAUAGCUCAACAAUUUGUUGAACAAAGGGGAUUGGAAUCUCAUAAUUCUUAUCGAACUUUAAGACUUGGAGGAUUUGGUUUAUGUGGACCAUCCACAGCUCUUUGGUAUCGAUCUUUAGAUCGAUUUGUUACGAUUAAAAAUCCCAUGUUAGGGUUAGUAACGCGCGUUUCGCUAGACCAAGCUUUAUUCGCUCCAUGUUUUAUUACAACAUUUUUUAUAUGUCAAGCUUUAAUGGAAGGUCAAGCUAAAUCUCAGAUUUUAGAAAAACUUGGAGAUGUUUUCGUGCCUACUUUAAUUAAUAAUUAUAAAUUGUGGCCAGCAGUACAAUUAGUCAAUUUUCAUUUUGUACCAUUGAAUUAUAGGACUUUGAUUGUCAAUUGUGUUGCUCUUGGUUGGAAUACUUAUUUAUCCGUUAUUAAUAAGAAAAGUUCCGAUAAAGUAAAUGAUAAAGGGGAGAAAAUUAAUACACCUUUGUAA